CUUAAAUCGCUCAGUCAACAAGCCAAGUCAACCACAUCCUCACCCUCCUAUAUACCUUCAAUCCAUUCAAGUGUUCUAACCCACCGCACCAUACAUACAAAAUGGCUAUCACUAAGAUCCACGCCCGCCAAAUCUUUGACUCUCGAGGAAACCCCACUGUCGAGGUCGAUCUCACUACUUCAAAAGGUCUCUAUCGCGCUGGUGUUCCAUCCGGUGCUUCGACUGGUGUACACGAAGCUGUCGAGUUGAGAGACGGCGACAAGUCCAAGUACCUUGGAAAAGGUGUACAAAAAGCCGUCGACAACGUCAACAACAUCAUCGCACCUGAGCUGAUCAAGGCUGGGAUUGCUGUUACUGACCAAAAGGCAGUCGACGACUUUCUUAUCAAGCUUGAUGGUACCGCCAACAAGGGAAAACUUGGUGCCAACGCCAUCUUAGGCGUCAGUAUCGCUGUCGCUAAGGCUGGUGCCGCUGAAAGUGGCGUACCUCUCUAUGCUCACAUCGCCAAACUCGCUGGCACCCGCACUCCCUACGUGCUUCCUCUGCCUUGCAUGAACGUCAUCAACGGUGGAUCGCAUGCUGGUAAUGCAUUAGCAUUCCAAGAAUUCAUGAUCCUUCCCACGGGCGCUGCUUCGUUCGAUGAAGCAAUGAAGAUGGGCACUGAAACUUAUCAUGCUCUUAAGGGUGUCAUCAAGACCAAGUACGGUAUCGAUGCUACCAAUGUGGGUGACGAGGGUGGAUUUGCUCCCAAUGUUCAGGGAGCAGACGAGGCUCUUGAGAUCUUAACCGAAGCUAUCAAGAAGGCUGGCUAUGAUGGCAAAGUCAAGAUCGCACUUGACGUUGCCUCUUCCGAGUUCUACAAGGAUGGAAAAUACGACUUGGACUUCAAAAACCCCAAGUCUGACCCUUCCAAGUGGCUUACAGGUGUUCAACUGUCUGAGACUUACAUCGCAAUGAUCAAAAAAUAUGGUAUCAUCUCGAUUGAAGAUCCUUUUGACCAGGAUGACUGGGAAGCAUGGUCACACUUUACCAAGCACGCUGGAAUUCAAGUCGUUGGUGAUGACUUGACAGUCACCAACCCUCUACGUAUCAACACCGCUAUCCAGAAGAAAGCCUGUAACGGUCUUCUCCUCAAGGUCAACCAGAUUGGUACCAUCACAGAGUCCAUUGAAGCUGCUCGAUUAGCCCAGUCGGAUGGAUGGGGUGUGAUGGUCUCUCACCGAUCUGGUGAAACAGAGGACACUACUAUCGCUGACGUGACUGUUGGUCUGGGAUGCGGACAAAUCAAAACUGGUGCCCCUGCACGAUCGGAGCGAGUGGCCAAGUACAACGCCCUCAUCCGCAUUGCUGACGAGCUUGCACAGGCUGGUACCCCUGCCAGUUUCGCUGCUGGCCAGGGUCUUAGCGAAGGCAGCUCUGCUCCAGCGCUAUUAAAGAAGUAAACAAUGCCACAUUUCACUACCGGCCGUCCGAUAUCCGCCUACAUUCCUGACGGCAAUAGAUAUCAACCUAAGCUCUUCUUGUGAUCCUCGUCCAGAGUUCACGAUGUAGCUGCUUGAACAAGUGCAAAGAGUUAUGGACCUGGUCUUUUGGCUAGGUUGGAAAAAGGAAAUAAGUUACCAAUUGUCGAGGUUUUAGAGCUAUCUGAACAAAAAUAAAAACAUGUAUAUAAGAGAAAGUUGUACAGCGACAAGUUGACGCAAGUAUAUGAAAUCGUUUGCCUCCGCCUUUUGCAAUACUGUACUAUAUACGAGGUUGAAACUGAAGAGAGUAUACCACUUCUCAGAC